AGGCGGUGCCGGACGUGGCGUGCAGGCGCUUCCCUCCCUCUGCUUGGGUUCGGUUUGAGAAGGAGACCGAGCAGUGCACAGAAAAAAAGAGAGAGAGCGAGAAAGGGAGAGGCACACACACACAUACACAGAGCGAGGAAAAUAUCCAUAGCAGGGAGGGAGGGAGGCGCUCGGUCCGGUACUUACUGAGUUCCUAGUCUUCCAUCAUGAAUCCUGUUUAUAGCCCCGUUCAACCUGGGACUCCUUACGGCAAUCCUAAGAAUAUGGCUUACACAGGUUAUCCUGCUGGUUACCCUACAACUGCACCAGCCUAUACUGCUAAUAUGUAUGCUAGUAGCAGUCCCGGAUAUCCUCCAGCUUUAUUCAUGAUGAGGCAGAGCUGGCCACAGACGUCAACUUCUGGGACCUCUGAGGGUACUUAUGACCUCCCAGUCGAUGCUGGCACGGAGAGCAGAACUUUCCAAGCUUCUUCUGCAUCAUUCAGAUACACUGGAGGAACCCCCUACAAGGUAGCACCUACUCAGAGUAAUGGUGCACCACCACCAUAUUCUCCAUCUCCAAACCCAUACCAGACUGCCAUGUAUCCCAUUAGAAGUGCCUAUCCACAGCAGAAUCUGUAUGCCCAGGGGGCUUAUUACACACAGCCUGUGUAUGCAGCACAGCCUCAUGUAAUUCACCAUACCACAGUGGUGCAGCCCAAUAGCAUUCAACCUGCUAUAUAUCCAACUUCUGUUCCUGCUCAACGGACCAACGGGAUGGCCAUGGGUAUGGUUGCUGGGACUACCAUGGCAAUGACAGCAGGGACUCUGCUGACCACGCCACAACAUACUCAACUAGGACCACAUCCAGUUUCUGUGCCAACGUACAGGACUCAAGGAACACCUGCGUAUAGCUAUGUACCUCCACACUGGUAAAUUCGCAAACCAAUUCAUAUCUGGAGUCAGACAUUGUAUGCAACUACUCAAGUCUUACGUUGGUGCUUGUGCAUCGAAGCCACAUGGCACCAAAUCUGUUUGCAAGGACAAAGUGCAAAGGUCACUUUAUGCAUUUAGUGUUUUUUUGUAAAAGCUGCUUUUCUCCAAAAUUCUGCCUCAUUUUCCAAGUUCUUUUCCAUCGUAGCUGUUCAAAAUUUGUUACAGGCCAACAUUUGUUAUUACUAGCGAGGCUACGGCCAAAGGGGCCUAUUCAAUGGUGAGAUUAUAUCCUUAUAAAAAUUGCAUGUUCACCAUUUCUAUUAUUGAGAUCCUAUAUGGAGGUCUAGAUUGAGAUUUAAAUGCAAAAAAAUAUGCCCUACUCUAAUAUCAAUCCCAAGCAAGACAAAUACAUGAUUUCAGUUUAAAGGGAAGAGUGACUGUCUCUUUGAUCUGAUUGAUGUUCUCAAUCUAGCAAAUAGCAGCCAUUAAACCUUAAAUGUUCAGUUGGAACGUUGGCCUUUCUAGUUGCUUUUAAAAGGCAUUAUCAAUAUUAGUACUCACCACUGAAAUGGCCUUUAAUCUUUGUUUAUGAUAGAAUUAUUCAGGAAAGCUUUGAGGGGUUAAAGGGAUAUUGAAAUAAUGGAGCACUCGUUUCAUUGCUACAGCACAGUGAGUUCUUGAGAUGGCUUGAGUAAUGCCGCAUUACUUGUUUGAGCUAGUUGGCCAGAUUCUUUGUUCAAGAUGAAGUAAUUGGCUGAGCACCAUUUCUCCUGGCUGCCAAUCCACUGCAGCUAUUAAAUCAGCAUUGUGUUCUUUUGGGGUCCUAAAUACAGGUUGCGCUGUAUCGAAAGUGGUAUUUCUGAGGCAUUGGCUUUCCUUUGCUACUUGUUAGCAAUGUCAAAAAUCUGGAUUCAUGAUGCACAAAUGGUUAUUCUCCUCAAACCUGUGAAAUCCUGCCACCAUUAAGCUCACUGGUAUCUUUUAAAUGGUUUUAUGCAGUCUCCCUCACUAAAUUGAUCCAAUUGUGUAUUUGGUAAAGUUAUUAACUGACAUUUUUGCUUCUUUUUUUUCGGACUUCAAACUAAGUCAUUUAAAAAUUAUACUAUUUCAAGCAGAAUAAUUGCAAUUUCAGAUAUUCCUUAUUGAAAAGACCUAAAUAGGAGAACACUGCAAUUUAAAAACUCUUGAGCGUCUUAGUUGAUAGGAAUUUGCGGAACAGUACCAUCCACACAUAAUGGACGCUGUCAUGGACUGGCAAGUGAAUGAUUUUCACCUUGUUAUGGUAAAUACUUAAGGGAAUGAAUGUAAAUGACUCGAAAGCACUGACAAAGGUAUGAGGGUGAAAUAAAUUUAGUUUUAAGGAGUACAUAUUUUCCUGCAACUUAAAAAUGAUCACAUAUCAGAAUUCUGUCAAAACUCAUAAGAUAGGUUAUGUUGCACAAUACAUAUAUAAAAAAUCUAUGCUAAUAAACAGGUACAAGACUUUAUACAUGAAUAUAUAUAGAUAUGUAUGUAACACACCCUUAUUGUGUUUGUGGUUGGCUUUAUAGACUGAUUCUUGAAGAACAAACUAUAUGAGACCUAGGUUUUAAAUAGAAUUGUAAUCAAAUAUAUUAAACUUCACAGUCUGCUGUUGCAGAUUUUUUUACAUACAGAUCACAUAAUUAAAAGAGGUUUAAUUGGGUAAUUUCCUUAAGUACAUGUGGUGGUUUCAAUGCACACACCAUUGAUUCUAACCUAACAAAGCUAUGGUUAUAUGGAGCAGCAUUUUGCUUAAUGUAGCCUGUUGAAUGAAGCGCCUUGAAGAGGGUAUAUUCUGCAAUAUUAAAGGAGGCGUUCUGAUGCUGAAGUUUUAAGACAAAAAUAUAAAUAUUCUGAUUUGUAAGUAGCCAGAUAUACUUGUUGCCGCUUUAGAAAUCAAUCGGAUUUGCCUCUUCUAGCAUUACAGAAUUAUUGCAGAAGAUGUCAUUUUAAAUCUUAGUGCGUUAGCAAUUUUAAUAUCAGUUUAAGUUAUGGAUGAUCAGAUCUAUUUAAUAUCAAAUGGCAUUUUUGAGCAACAUUCCAUUAAAAAAAAGAAAUUCAGUUUCCCAAAUUUAAAAAGAAAGGUUUCCUGUCCACUUUAUUUGCUAGAACAACCAUUAUUUGGUUUAGUAUUUAAAUUUCCCUGAAUUUUCAUGAUGUAUUUCUUAAAAUUACUAUGCCCUUGAUUUAACAAACUAGUUAAUUUCUCUGGUGAAUUUUUGACUAAGUUUUCCUAAACUAUUUUACAUGAGAAAAUGGGGUUCAGCUUAAAUGUAUAGUAUCCAUCAGUUUUUCGUCACUAGCUUACAACUUUGCAGCGAUUAGAUGGUAUCCUUCACAACCUUAAGGACAGAAGUGCAGGUUGGUGAUGAGAGCUCUUGCAUCCCGCAAAAUGGGGAAGGAGAAAUGUUUGGAUUUUCAUUUAAAUUAAACCAACAAGUGUUUUAGAAAUUGUCCAGUCCAGUGGCGAUGUUACAAACAUCAGGCGUGUAGAUGUUUUAACUUGAAAUUAACUUAGACAUGGUGAGUUUGAUUUGGCAACUGCUUUUAAAUCAAAAUUUGAAGCUACAAAAUGGGUGUUGGGCAAAAUGAAUUUCCUUAUUUCCAAUUACCCAGUGCUAAUCGCAAGCAAUAUUGCUGCAGGAUACAAGAGCAAUGGGCGGAGAGCAAUUUUGAACAGAACCAACCACUAUUGAUGCAAAUGAUUAGCUUGUGAUUAUGUUUUUGGUGAGAUUUUUAUUUUAUCUCACUGAGAAAUCAUGAGUACAACAGUCCAACCAACACACCUUUACUGCUCUUAAGAUCAGCUUUUUACAGAAUGUUAAUGAUGGCGGAGAACUAGCACUAGGUUUGCUUAAAGUAUAGUAUGCAAAGAAAUGGUGGUUUUGAGGUUAAAUUUCCCACUAAUUUCUGAAAUGUACAGACAAAUGGGAACUAUUUAGUGUGACAUUAACUGGUUAUGUUUUAUGUCUCUUUAAAAAUGUUUAUACAUGGAAUCAAAAUAAAAUUCUCAGCUCAUUGUAGUGAUCUAAAUUCUGACAGUCAUUGUAUUAGUAAUAUAUUUGCAAAUUAAGGUGUUUUAGUUAAACUGAUCUGCUAAAUGGAGGCAAAUAUUUCGGCCACUUUUGAGAAUGUCAGGUUCAUGGUUUUGUACAAAUUUGCUACAUUUACGUAAAUAGAUGUACUGGGGUAAGCUUGAAAAAACAUUCAGAUUCAUUCCAUUUGUCUCUGAAGGAACUUUAUCCUCCAGCAAAUUAUGGACCAAAAUGAAAACAAGACUGGCUUAAAUUUGGUACGAAUUUACGGUGUAUUAAUAAUUUCCCCCUCUUCACAAAUAAGCUGGUAGAGUAAGUGGGCAGACCUGCUGUAGAGCAUGGUCAAAUUUGAGAAUGUUUUCAAACCAUUCUGAAGAAGGGCUCUAACCUGAAACGUCACCUACCAAUGUUCUCCCAGCGAUGCUGCCUGGACCCUCUGAGUUACUCCAGCACUGUCUUUUUUGAGAAUGUUUUACUCUGUCAGAAUCAAUUUCUCCCUGACUUGGGAAUGCUUAAUGCCAAAGUGUAGCCUGUGUACAUUGGCUGCUCAUCAAUGAGCUGAAGUGCAUACUGUGAUAGAUAGAACUAUUCAGAUUCCUUGCAUAAAAAUAAAGUUCAUUCGAUUCUUUAUAUCCUUUUAAAUACUGCCAUUUUACUAUAGUUAAGUGAAUAUGGCUAAUUGAUUUUGGAUAGUUUUACUGAUACUGACCAGAAUAUUUCACUGAAUGGUUCGCCAUUUGUCAAAGCAGUAUUAUGGCACUGGUGAAGAUAUUUUGGUAUCACUGCCCACAGAAAUGCUGAUCACUUAGCUACAGAUCAUAAGAUAUAAUUUGUUCAUUUCUAUUUUGAUAAAGUCUGUACACAAUUAUUAUUUCUGGUGACUGUUAAAAAGAAGGCAAAUAGGACUUUAUCAAAUAUAUAUAAAUAAUUAGUAAUCUUAAACAUCGUGGGGGUGCCAUUCUUCAAUAAAAAAAAUGUCUGUGUAUAGAUCAACAGCAGACAAGUUGGUCUAGUUCAUAAAAUACAUUGGCAAUCAAUAGUGAUGUUUUCAAACUAUUAAAGUGCUUGCAGUACGUUAUUUACAGAUAUGAUUAAUAAAAUUGGAUAUCUUUAAUUGUGCAAAGUCACCAGAAAAAAAACUUAGUUGAUUAAGUGAAAGUAAAUGUGUUUUCAACAGUUUGGCUGAUUGUUUUUAGAUAUAACCUUGUUAUGCACUCAAUGUGCAGUAUAAUACAUUAGCAAUAGCUGAACUUGCAUUCAUGUAUAUUUAUCUUUUUUGUUCCUUCAUACCAUCUCAAAUCAGAUUUUUAUUUUUAAUGCGCCUCAUUUUAAAAAGAGAUAUUGGUGCCCUCGAUUUCAGUGCAUUGAAUUUUUAUUGGAUUGAGCAUUUUCUUACUAGAUAAUCAUGCAUUACAAAAAAAGAAUGGCAUGAUAUUUCAGAAUAUGGCUAAAGUAUUGAAAACAAAUUCAAAUACUAUGGAAGUUGCAGACUGUUCUUUUAAUAUUGAAUAACUAAUUCGGAUACUGCCAGAUAACUAAUGUAAUUUAAAAAAAAUUGAGUUUGACUGUUUAUCUCACAACCAGUGUCAUUGUUUGCAACAAAACAGCAUACCAAUGCGAACAAAACACUAGUUAUACAUGACCUUUUAAAAGAUAUUUGUACACCUUUGCUAAAUUAAUAAGUACUGUAAUGCAAGACUUGAACAAUGCAUAUUAAUAGUUGUACUGGCCCAAUUCAAUGUCAUAAGUACUUCAGAAUAUCAGAUUUAUAUAGGAGAGAUUAAACGGUGUGUACGAGUGUUGCUCCUGUAUUUUAAAGGAAGAUAACCUAGGAAACCUUUGCAGUUCAGAUAUGUAAUUUAAGCGCUUUUUACCAUAAGUGUUAUUUAAGUUGUUUAAUGAUUGAUGUUUAUUAUUCUUAAUAGAAAAAAAAACUUUAUGGUUUAACUGAAGUUGGAUGCUUCUUUGAGCUACAGGGAGCAUUUCAGAACACAAGUCUGUGGGCUUUCCUUUUAUUGUAUUUCAAUUGCAGUUUUGGACUUCCUUAUUUUGAAUUCUAUUGGAACACUAAUAAAGCAAGAGGAGAAUUAUGGAAAUGUCAUUGUCUUCCAAGCGUAGUUCAUAGAAUCUAAGUGUUUUAAUAACGCCAAUUAGAAGUUACUUAUGGAAUCUGAAAGACCCACAGAUUACACUUGUGACUAUGAAGUGUAAAUCUGUUUUUUUGUUUUUUUUGGAUAAGAUCAGUUAGUGAUCUAAGUGACAGAAUUAAGCCAAGAGUUUGUAAUUGUAUAUUUACUGUAAGAUGUAGAACAUUCAAUAACUAUUAAAAGGUUUACAAAAAA